GUGGUAAAAUAGAAUCAGGACUCCUCUAAAUUCCAAACUAUUUAACCUCUACUGCUCUAACUCCCCUGCUUUCAUUCAUUGAGAAAGAAAAAAAAUGGAUCUUCAAGAGUGGGAACUUCUUUCUGAUAAUGGACUUCUUGAAGUACUCCAUGAUGAUAGAGACAAGUUUUUGUCUAUGGAGUAUGCUUCUGAUUCCAAAAGAGUGCCAAAUCAACUAGUAAUUCCAUUACUAAUUCAACAAGAACCAAGUAUACAAAAACCUCAAGAAGAUGAAGAAGUUAUUAAAGAAGUUAUCACCAAGGUUCAACUUGAGGAUGAGGAAGAUAAAAAGUCACAAGUUUUCUUCAAGAAAAUGAAGGAAAGUGAAUUUGAAAACAUGAAAUUGGAUUCACCCAAGUUUAAUAACAAGACUAGUUCUGUGUCUCAAAUUGAUUCAAUGAGUUUCCCCUUUGAGGAUAAAGUUGAAGUCUUGGAAGUUGAAAAGGAGAGUUUGAUCAAGAAAAGGGAAAUUAAUGAAGAGAACAAUAAUGGUGGAAUUAAUCUAUGGAACUGGAGAUUGACUGGAAUUGGUGCUAUUUGUUCAUUUGGGGUUGCAGCUGCUGCUGUUACAAUUUACAUCUUUAUUGGAAAUCAUCAAAAACAGAAACAGCAUAAGCAGAAUCAGAAGCUAAAAUUCCAAUUUUCUGAUGACAAGAAAAUGAAGCAAGUGGCUCAGCAGCCUGCAACAAAACUGAAUGAAGCAAUUCGUGGAGUAAGAGGAUCAGUUCCUAUAACGAAGAAACACAUCACAGACGUUGAAGGAUUACUUUUACGCUCCUUAGAGCAUAUUCAAGACUGUUUAUCAGCUUCUUGAAUCGUUUUUACGUUCCAUUAGCCAUAGUGGAUCAAACAACGGGUUUGCAGGUUCAACACUACCUCGAUAUUUAACCUUAUAUAUAUGUAAAACUAUAAUAAGUGUAGGUGAAUUUAGAUCUCAACUUAGAACUCACAACAUCUAAAUUGUAGAUCCUAGUGAUUACUAUACAUGUUGUAUAUGUAUAUUGUAUUCCAAUUUCCAUGAGUUUGUACUAAUUAAGUUCAAUUGUACUGAAAA